GAGUGCGUAUUGAACGAAGUGUCAAGUCAUUUAGAUUAUUGAGAAAUAUGAAUUCAUUUAUAAUACCAAAUAAAUUACUUAUCUAAUUUUUCGUCUUUAUUUAGCCAAAUGAGAAAUUUUGAUUAAUAAUCGUUAAAUGAAAGAGUAUUUUAUCUUAAUUAUUUUUUUUUUAAAUAUUAUUGAACAUGUUUAAAUAGGUUAUAUACACCCACAGAACUGGACAACAGAAACUUCGUCAAUAGUGUGGUUAUGUUUUCAUAACACAAAGUGUAUGUAUAAAAGAUAAAAGUAUGGAUAGAAUCAAAGGUGGAUCGGGUACAAGGGGUCCGAAAUCAAAAAUAACCCAACAAUUACCAGAUUCUUUUAUCGCUCUCGGAGCUAAACAAUCUGCUCCUAGGGAUGAUCCAAAAAGAAGCGUUCCUUUACCAAAAACUAGUAGCUCUCAUAUUGCGGGAACUUCAGGAAAAGCCCCUGUCGAUAAACUUAAAAGAGAUGCAUCUUCUACAAGUCUAUCUCAAAGUAAUCCGUCGAAAAAAAUUAAAGUCAACAUACCCGGAUCCCGAGGGGGUCUUAAUGCCGCUUCAAGCUCUGGUUUACUACCAAUUGAUCGAAUGACAGGCAGUCAGAUGGGUGCUGAACCAUGGGAGUCGCAAAUAAUUGAAGGUGAUUCUGGAGAAGUAUUUGAAACUGUCAUUAAUCAGAUAACAUGCGGCAACGUAGAAAAAGCAGUUGGUUAUAUCCUCGGUGUUAUAAAAAAUCUUAAAACUCAGAGAUCAAAACCUUGUAAAGUAGUGUAUUCAACUUUAUUUUUAAUAAGUUGUUGUAAACCGUCGAUUUUUACCAACGAAUUGGUUUUUACUGCAAUGUUGAGUAUACUAAGAAGAGAUGUUAAUGCUGGUUUGAAAGCCACUAAUAGGUGUAACCCACAAGUGCACCAGUUAUUUUUAAAUUUAUUAGCACAUGCGUAUUCAGACAUUAGUAAUUGGCCAGAAGUUUUUGUAAAAUUAUAUGUGGAAGAUGCAGUUGGAGAUAGAGUUUUCGUUGAUGCACCAUUUUGUAAACCUUUUGUAGAUAAUAUAAUUACGGCUUUCAAUACAAAAAUGCCUUCUUCUUCCUUAUUAAAAUCAGAAACUUGGACAUCAGCGACAAGGGAUACAUCUAGUCCUUUAACUAUUAAUAGUAUCGACGAAGAUGAAGUCUUUAGUGAACAGAAGAUAACGGUAGACUCUUGGCCAAUAAAAGUAUAUCCGAGGUUUACUCAAUCUCAGGAAAAAGUCGAACAAAUAGUCCUCGAGGCAAUAAAAGAACAACUAGCAAGGAGACAACAGCCUGAAGCAAUUACUAAAAAUUUCGUUAGGUUCUUGAGUACUGCGUGCGGUUUAGUGGAGAUUCGAAUUAUAGCUGUUUCUCGUAUUGAAACGUGGUUACACAACCACAAAUUAAUGAAACCCGCUCAAGAGUUGCUAGCUUACUUGUGUUAUAAUUGCUCAGCUAAUUCUCAAAGAGAUUUGGAGGUUAUUGCACAAUUGAGUAAAUUGAGAUUGAAGAAUAAACCAAUUGUUAAUUACUUUAACAAUUGUUUGAGAGAGAUGGUGUUUUCUUUUCCGGAAAACUUAUAUCCACUGCUGAAGUAUACCAUUUAUAACGAACUGAGCAAUGCUAGGAAUACAAAUAAUUUGAUAGUAGUUGGAGCUUUGUUUCAAGUAGCCCCAGAUCAAAGUGCAGAUGCUUUUGCUGAUAUAUGUUUGGAACUCCUCUUGAAUAAGGAUGACUACCUUCGAUCCCUGAGGGCUCUUUUGAAAGAAAUAAACCGAGUAUUAAGACACGAAUUGAAUCUUCUCACCAUAGUACAUGCUUUACUUCGAGAACGAAAAGAUUUUGCCACCAGCGUUCGCGACCACGAAUUCAGAGAAAGAAUUUUCCUGUCUCUAGCAGAUUUAUCUUGUAUGUGUAUGCUACUAUGCGUCAAUCCUCAAGUUAGAGAUGCCACGACGCAAAGUAAACGAGACGUCGAAGUUUUAAAGACUUUUCAAUUACAAGUAGCGAAUAUACAAAGGGAAUGUAUUACUUGGUUACACGAUUCAGCUUUGAGGAUAUACAGGCCGAACGUGACCGAUUUUGCUCACGUGUUACACAAGAUAUUGUUCUUAGAACAAACCGAACAAUAUUGUAAAAUAGAUAACUGGCCUGGAGAAAACGAGAGGAAUUUAUUUUUGAGGUUAACUAGUGAAGUUCCGCUACUACAAGCGACGUUAUUGAGAAUCCUGUUGAUAGGAAUAUCGAAAGAACAUCCUAUAAGUGCUCAAGAAGUGAUUGAAAUAACUGAUCAACUGAUAAAACGUGCUGCUAAUUUACCGUUGGAUUGUGCGCCUCCUCUAAUUGUGGACAAAAUUGAAAUAAUCGAUUUCUUCUUUAAUUUAUGCAGUUAUAAUUAUCCGGAAAAUUUUACUUUACCUGUAGGGUAUGUUCCACCAAAAUUGGCUAUUACAGCUUUGUAUUGGAGAGUUUGGAUGAUAUUGUUGAUUCUCGCCGCUCAUAAUCCCUUAACUUUGGGUAGUUUGGCUUGGAAUAAGUAUGCCACAUUGAAGAUGUUCAUGGAAAUGUGUAUUACAAACCAUUUCUCGUUUCCCCCUCCAACAAUGACCUCCAUAGACGAAGAUUGCCAAUCUAAAGAACAACAAACCAUCACACUUGAAAAACAAUUGAUCCUCGAAUUCGAAUCUCAUUUAGCGGCCGCUAGCACUAAAAUAGAAAUAAACGAACAAACUAGUUUGUUACUACCCCAAUGCAUGGAACUAAGACCGACCGGGGAUGCUCGAAGACCUCCCCAAAACGUUUUGGAUCAGCUACAAAUCCUCAACAAUUCUCAUAAAUUGGGACAUCUAUUGUGCAGAUCUCGUCAUCCGGAUUUUCUUUUGGACAUAAUGUCUCGACAAGGAGGUACGGCAAAUAUGCCGUGGUUAGCCGAAUUGGUCCAUAGUUCUGAAAGUGUUUUGGGUCUGCUACCAGUGCAGUGUUUGUGCGAAUAUUUGCUAUCCACCGUUCCAGCCGAAAAAUUAACGAAACAUGGUCAAUUAUUGGCUCAUCUGAGGCAUGUUGUUAACGAAAAUGAAGCUCAAACAGCUUGCGAAGUUCUCGAGUAUUUAUUUAGGAGGUUAACAUCGGAACAUGGUGCUAGUCGUACUCAAGCUACUAAAGGCUUGUGUUUGAUUUUAGCGCCGACAGAAGACUUGGACGUUUCCGAUGAAAAUCAUACAUUGUGGUUAACUCAGUACGUUACCCAAUUCGCACAUUUUUCUUUAAUCAAACCGAUUUUAAUACAAUUUCUACGUCAAGCUCUCCAAAUUGAAACUAACCCCGCUAGAGUUUCUAGUUACAUAAAUUUUUUAUCCCUGCAAGAUUGUAGUGAAUCAUUCGUUGAACUUAACGAUCUGGUAACCGAUUUAUCUUCGGUUAUAAUAGAGCGACACAGCGUAGCAUCCUACGUCUUACCGGGCGAAAAUAACGUUACUUUGAAGAAUUUAUUACAGAUAUUCUAUUUAUACACUCAGAAAGCAAAAGAAAAUGCCGAAGAAUCUUAUACCAUCCAUCAGACUUAUGGUAACGAGUAUGUCAUAGUUUCUUGGGCUACGGGAGAACAGUGUCCCUUGCAACCGCUCGUCAUUCACGCUACUAUCGUUCUUCUAACUUACGGUCCUUUGGAUGAUUACGAACCGUUCGAAAUAUUGUUGAAUAGCUGGUUUCCGGAAAAUAUGGAACAUCCCAGAGCUUAUUCACCGGAUACUUCCGAAACCACCUCGUAUUUACCCGACUGGAUGAAACUUAGGAUGAUAAGAUCGAAUGUUCCACAUUUAGUAGACGCUGCUAUAGAGAAAUUAGAACCUCCGAAACUGGUACUCUUUAUCCAAUCUUUCGGUAUCCCAACAAAUUCUAUUAGUAAAUUAUUGCAUACUCUGGAUAAAGCAACAAUUUUAGAUCCAAAAUUGGUAGUCGAUUCAGUCUUGGAUAAGGCUUACAUGAUCCAAUUAGUUGAGGUGCAAAAUAAAAGAGGAGCUACAGGUGGAGAAACAUUUGUCAAGUCCAUAGAGAUGCAAAUACCUGUCAUACCAGAUACCGAAAUAAAAGUAGACGUUGAAAACAAGAAACCUUUGAUAGUCGGUUUGAAACGUCAAGAGGUUGUCACAAAUGACACAGAGGUUGUUCAAAAUUUGAAUAAUCUGUUCAAUCCGCAUUAUCAGUUUGAUAAAAACAGGAUUAUAUUGUCAUUAAUUAAGAAUGUAACAACAAAAGAGAGUACGGCCACUUUAAUCUUCAAUUUCAUUAAAUCAAUCCCGAUAAAUUAUACCUUGCCGGUAAUUUUACAGUAUAAUUCAUUCUCUACAUUAAUCCGUUUAAUUUUUACUAUAGGCCAGAAUGUUCAAGAAAAAUUAAAUUUUGCAUCACAAUUUUUAAAACUGAUUCCGAACAAAAACACCAGCGUGUCAGUAGUUUUGCAACAGUACAUCAAGAUCCAUAGUAGAGAUAACAAAAUGGAAGUUGAGGAAAGUAAAACUUCAGUAUUGGAGGUUUCUGGUACACAUCCCGAAGAAAUAGGAGAAAAAUUAGGUAAAAUGUUGAUGGAAGAAGGAAAUAAGGCCGAAAAUACUGGAUUGAUUAUUGAUUGGUUAUCCGCAAUCGAAAUGGAAAUAGCCAACGCGGAUAAACAUAAACUACAAAUGGAGUUACUGUUUUCCAAACAAAAAUUACAAUUUCGUCCGCUGUUGUUAUCUUUAGUAUUACAAAGAGCCAGCUGGAAAAUUCUACAUAAUAUCAUGACUUAUUUACUUAGAGAAGAUUUGAUUGACCACAUUUGUCCUGCUUCUGCUCUAGAUUUCCUAACCGCUCUAACUAAGAGCCCGAAGCUAUGGCAGGGUAGAGAUAAAGCCGUACCUAAACAUUACCAUUUUGAAGAUGUUCUACAACUUAGUUCCGACCAGGUAUUAGUAUUGAUAAAAUACAUAAUAGAAGAAUCAAAAACGACGGCCGAUAAUUGGAAAAGAAAAAUAGAAACUAGAUUACAAUUAAUCCUCUGCAGUAUAGGAAACAAUGCUGCGUUUAUAACAAAAUCUUUAUUGACCAUAUCGGAUGAUGUAUACACUCGAGAAUUAAUUUUAAUGAUCUACAUGUCCGUACCGUAUUCCUUACAAGACGGAAUGGAAUUAAACGUAGAAACGUGUUCGGAUAUAUUUAAUAAAAAUUGUCCCAGUACUAUAGACGAAAUAUCUCACUGUCUACUCAGUUCUAUAGCUUCCACUCCCAGGAAUAAAGAUUGGAUAAAAAAGAGCCAAGAUUUGGAAUUGUGUGCUAGAAAAUUAGCAGCCACUCAUCCUUUGUUAGUAUUGAGACAGUUGCCCAUGUUAGCGGGUAGCUUGAAGGGUCGAGCUCAAUACGAUUGGGGUGUAUUGAAAAGCAGAGGGCAUUUUUUGCUCUUCGGACAAGUUUUAGGUUUGAUGGAACUGUUACAACCUUAUAUUUUCGAUCAAACCGCAACGUUAUGUGAACUACUGGAUUCUUAUUUUUUGCUGUUGCAAUUUCAUGGUAACGGCAAAGAUUUGAGUAUAUUGAUUACAAGACUCGUCAGUUUUGUACAGAAUUGGAUGAUGAGAGAUGUUAAAGGAGCCUCCAAAUAUUUGCAAGCUCAUGGCACUUUAUUACAUGAUAUUCAGUUUAGUCAACCAGGUAUUCGUCCUCUACUAUCCAGUGUUUCUUUACCGGUUGCUGAUCAAUUAGGACCCACAGAAAUUCUAGUAGGCACCGUAACUCCCCCUGUACCAGUGACGCAUCCUCAACACUGGAAACAACUUAAAACAGCCCUACAAAGUCAGGACAAUUUUUCGGCUUUACAAGAAUUAGAUCACAUAACCAACAAGAAACCUCAGUGGUUAGAAGAAGUGUCACAAUAUUUAUGCACAUCUAUUUCUUCGCCUAACGGUCACAUAAGAUCUUUAGCAUUACUGUUAAUUAUAAGAUGGUUGAAACAUAAUCCUAAAGCAGCUAAUGAGGCAUUACCGGCAGUAUUAGCUUGUCUCGAUAGUAAUAAUGGAGACGUCGUGGAGAGCGUGUUGGACAGAUUACCGGAAUUGGUAGCAGUAAUGCAGGAGUACGCUAAAAUUAUCUUAACUAGAGUAUUUCAGUUAGGAACAAAGUCAGCUGUUAACACUAUGACUGGUAUUAUGAAAAGUCUCAAUUUACUCAAUUUACAAUAUGGUUGUUAACACUAUUUAAUGUAAAUUUAAGAUAAUAAAUUUUUAUUAGUAUUCUCUAUGAGUUGAUUUUUUUUCAUUACAAAAUUCGCAUUAACUGUAUACUGGUUAUUAGCGAUUAAAUUUUUUUAACAGUACAAGUUAAAUUCUAGUAUUUUAUCUACAGAUAUUUAUUAAAUAUCUACCGUCAAAAUUUCAUAUAUUGUUCAAAGUAGUAAAUUUAAUGAUCUUCCUGCGUUAAAAGAUGGAUAAUCUGCGAUUGUGUUUUAUAAUCAAUUUGCAGUUGUCACGUGUGGCCUAGACAGAGAUCUUCAACUUUACGAUUUUUUGGUAGCACUGACCAUGGUUUCACGGAAUCUUUCACUUCACGAAGCUUGUAUGUGGACGUUGACCAUUUGUUCUUCCAUUCAUUAAGCAUUUUACGUUUUAGGGUUGAUUUAAUAUCGGCACUAGUUAAAAAAUUCACGCACUCCGCACUAUCACUAUUUACAGCUUUCUUAGCGGCCAGGUCUGCCUCUUUGUUCACUUUUAUUCCAGUAUGUGAGGGGAUCCAACAAAAUACAAUUUUUUGUUGUUAUCUUGUAUGUGUCGCAGUUGCUGAUUGAUUUUGAUUGCCAAGUAAUGCGUGGUGUGAAUUCGAUAGAAAGGCAUUCAGGAAGGAAGAAAUUAUUCGUUUAGAUAUGAUCUAAUCCUAGCAUAGAAAGGUUUAGCCGUUCUUGGUUCAUGUGAGAAAAGAUUUGGGAAUUUCUUGAAGAAGCAAUUUUGGAGGCUAGGAUUGGAAGAAAUGCAUUUUACUUUCACUGCAUACAUAAGACUCAAAUAUAUUCUUCUGUUUCAUAAGGAUGGCUCCCCUGAUUCACAGUACAGACUUUCCAUUGGUGUUGUUU